AUGGCGCUCGUCGACCAAGCCGCUACAUUCCUACACCAAUACGUCUACUCAUGGCUUCACACCACUCCCAGUAAAACUCCCGACGCAUUGAAACUGGGCGUCAUCUCAACCGCCCAAAUCAACCCUGCAGCCAUAAUUCACCCCGCCGAAUCCCACCCAUCAGUCAUCCUCCACGGCAUCGCCUCGCGGGAUCUCUCCACAGCCCAAAAGCACCAGAGAAAGUACCGUUUCAGCAAAGCCUACGGCUCGUAUCAGGAUCUUCUGGACGAUCCGGACAUCGACAUCGUGUACAUAUCCACGCCGAACGGGCUGCACUACGAGUGGGCCGCAAAGGCGCUCAAGGCCGGGAAGCAUGUGCUCUGCGAGAAACCGUUUACGGCGAAUGCGGACGAGGCGAAGAGGUUGGUGGAGCUGGCGAGGGAGAAGGGGUUGAUUGUUGAGGAGGCAUUCCAUUGGCAGUUCCAUCCGGCUGCGCAUGCGUGGCGCCAGAUCCUGGAUUCGAGGAAAUACGGGAAGAUAAUCUGUACAAAGGCCGCUAUGACGGCUAGUCCUGGUGUCCCCGGGGGGGAUAUCCGGUGGAAGUUUGAUCUUGGGGGCGGCUCGGCAAUGGACAUGACAUACGCGCUGUCGUUUACCCGCUAUGCGCUGCAUGCGCAGCUCCCGCAGGAGAUCAUCUCCGUCAGCGUGCGGCCGUCCAAGGAUGACCCGCGCGUGGACGAGGCCAUGUACGCGCACAUCGACUUCCAAGGCCCGGACGGUAACCCCGUGCACAGCCGCGUGUACACGGACAUGGCGCGCGAGAAAGUCGCGGGCGUGAUUCCGCGGGUCUGGGAGUUACCGUCCAUCGAGGUCGAGACGGAGAAGGCGAUUAUUUACUACUAUAACGCCAUGAUGCCGCAUCUGUACCACUACAUCUCCAUCCAGGACAAGACGACGGGCAAGGUGAGCUACAAGAAGCAGUACUCUGGUGGUCCCUUGUGGGGCAAUGUGGUGACGAGCACGGGGGAGAAGGGCGGAAACCCGCACUGGAGUACGUAUCGAUGGCAGCUGGAGGCGUUUGUGGAUGCGGUUAAGGGGAAGACGCCGGCGUAUUGGGUCAGCGGGGAGGAGAGUAUCUGGCAGAUGGAGUCAAUUGAUUCCCUGUACAAGGCGGCCAAUUUGCCUGUGCGGCCGUCCCAAGGGACUAAGCUGGGAUAG